AUUUAAUCUUCAAAUCUUCAGGGUACCUAGUGACAUUGGCAUCUUGCUGCAUUCUGCCGUCGCGACACAGGUCCCCAUUUCUGCCAUCACCGCUCCCCCCGAGCACACCCAACAACAAGAUGGUCGCCCAAGGCGGGAAAUACGUGCCGCGUCAGCGCAAGCGCAAGCAGCUUGAUCGCCAGCGGUCGAGGAGCAAGGGAACACAAGACCCCGAAGACACCAACGCCCUCGAGAUCGCUCCCGGGCAGGACACCACCACAGAUGCCGAAAAGAAGAAGGCCCAGCUACGGGAGGAAUUGAGGCCCGAGGGUGUCCAAGUCAGCAGCAAGAAGGCGAAGAGACUCGAAAAGUACAUCGAUGCGAAGCUCAAGAAGGACGAGAACCGCGAACUCCUGGCCAAGCUUGCCGCUAACAAGAUCGACACCACCCUAUUCUCGAGCACAAAGUCACUAGGCCAGACAAAAUUGACCAAAAAGGAGGAGCUCAGCCGGCUUGUCAGGGAAGCAAAGGCUGGACUUAUAACAGAGAAGGAGGCGGCCAAGAAACUUUACGAAAAGCGAGAGGUGAAGGAAGGUGCACCAGUACCGCAGCCCAAGCCUGCUGCGGUCGAUGAGGAUUCAGAGGGCUCGGAAGAUGAGCAGGACUCAACAGCCGAGAAGACAAAGACUACGUUAGCGGCGACAAUCGAGCCUACACCAACACAAGCGACGACAACGACAACGAGUGUGCCAGUACCAGUCGGUGCUGGUCUCAAGCGCCCUCUGGAGGUCGACGAGUCGGGACGCCCAAUACUUGCCAAGAGACAAAAGAGAGGAGGUGUAAAAACAAAGCACAACUUUACAUCAUCACAAGCUCCAGCGGUCAUCCCUGUGCCAGAAGUGGUAGAAUGGGACGGUUUCAGUUCGGAGGGCGAAGAGGGCUCAGACGAUGAAGAGUCCGAGGGUAGUGGCUCAGGCAGCGUGGAAGAAGGCAGUGAAGAGGAGGAGGAUGAUGAUGAGGAAUCUGGGGAAGAGGAUGGAUCUGAAGAGGAGGAAGAGGGUUCCGAGGAGGAUUCAGACGACGAUGGUUCCGCGGAAGAAUCCGACGAGGACAUGGAGGAUGCGGAAGAGGACAAAAAAGCAAAGUCUUCGGCUUUCAAGGCUUGGGCGCAUCAGGCGAGGAACGAAGCUUUGGGUUACAAGCCUGCCGAAUCAAGCAUUCUCGAGAUACCGAAACCUGCCAACUUUACGCCUCGGCCGGUCGAACAAGAGCCUCUGCCUAUCGAGCUGCAACCAACAAAGAAUGAUUCCCGCAAGGCUUUCGCCGUGGUAGUAACCAGGACGCCCGAGAUCCAGGAAACCCGAUUCAGGUUACCAGUCGUUGCAGAGGAACAGAAGAUUAUGGAGGCCAUUCACGACAACGACAUUGUCAUUAUUUGCGGUGCCACCGGUUCCGGUAAGACUACACAGGUUCCCCAGUUCCUCUUCGAGUCUGGAUACGGUGUUCCCGAUGGACCUACUCCUGGCAUGAUUGGUGUUACCCAGCCGAGACGUGUCGCCGCUGUCAGUAUGUCGAAGCGUGUUGGUGAAGAGAUGGGCGAUUACUCGCAUGUGGUUUCCUACCAAAUCAGAUUCGAAGGCACCGUUGACUCCAAGACGGCCAUCAAGUUCAUGACAGAUGGUGUCUUGCUUCGUGAGGCGGCCAUCGAUAUUGCUCUUCGCAAGUACUCUGCCAUUAUCAUCGAUGAAGCUCACGAGAGAAGCGUCAAUACCGAUAUCCUGAUUGCGAUGCUUAGCAGAGUGGUUAAGCUCAGGCGAGAGCUGGCGGAGGAAGACCCCACGAUCAAGCCUCUCAAGCUCGUUAUCAUGUCUGCUACCCUCAGAGUCGAGGAAUUCACCCAAAACUCUAACCUGUUCCACACCACUCCCCGCAUCAUCGAGGUAGAAGGUCGUGAGCACUCUGUUACCAUGCAUUUUGCCAAGAAGACAAACCACGACUACGUUGAUGAGGCAUUCCGCAAGAUUUGCAGGGGUCAUAGGAAACUGCCCCCUGGUGGCAUGCUUGUGUUCAUGACUGGUCAGGGUGAGAUUGCCCAGCUCAGCAAACGGUUGAAGGCGCGUUUUGGUGGCGGCAUGAAUACCGCCAGCACCACCAAGGUGCGGAUCUCUGCGAACGAGGCACCCAUGGAAGUCGAAGACAUUGACUUCGGCGAGGUCGACGACGACCGCAACAUCAACGACAGAGACGACGACGAUAUCUCUAUUGCGUCGGACGAGGAGGAAGACAAGGAGUUCGAGAUUGAGGACGAAGAAUCUGGCACAGGGCCGUUGAAGAUGCAUAUCCUACCUCUUUUCUCUCUGCUCCCCACGAAAGAGCAGAUGAAGGUGUUCGAGCCGCCCCCAGAGGGCCACCGUCUGGUUAUCCUGGCUACCAACGUCGCCGAAACAUCCUUGACGAUUCCCGGCAUCAAGUACGUGUUUGACACCGGCAGGUCGAAGGAGAGAAAGUACGACCCCGUCAGUGGCGUCCAGAGUUUCGAGAUUGGCUGGAUCAGCAAGGCCAGCGCAAAGCAGCGUGCCGGUCGUGCCGGUCGUACCGGUCCGGGUCACUGCUGGAGACUCUACUCUUCGGCCGUCUACGAACGAGACUUCCCCGAGUUCUCGGAGCCCGAGCUGCUCCGCAUGCCCAUCGAGGGUGUCGUGCUGCAGCUCAAGUCCAUGAACCUCCAGCACGUCGUCAACUUCCCCUUCCCCACGCCUCCACCGCGUGAGAGCUUGAUCAAGGCCGAGAAGCUCUUGACCUACCUCAACGCCAUCUCCCAAACCGGCCAGGUCACCCCCAUCGGAUCUACCAUGUCCAUCUUCCCCCUCUCUCCCCGCUUCGCCCGCAUCCUUCUCAUCGGUCACCUCCACGACUGCCUGCCGUACACCGUCGCGCUCGUGGCCGGUCUCUCAGCCGGCGAGAUCUACAUCCCCGAGAACCAAGCCAUCCCCGCCGCCUCCGUCCAAGAAUCCAAGAAAAACGACGACGGCUCCGACGACGACGAGGACAACCGAGGAGCAGUCACCUUCCGCACCACCGAAGACGUCCUCGCCGACGACCGCCGCGCCAAGAUCCGCGCCGCCUUCAACGCCGCCCACAAGAACUUCUGCUACCUCGACGACAAGUCCGACGCCAUCAAGCUGCUCCAAGUCGUCGGCGAAUUCGCGCACGACCCGACCGAGUCCUGGUGCGACUCCCACUUCGUUCGCUUCAAGGUCCUCAAAGAAAUCAAGCAACUCCAAAAACAGCUCACCGACCUCCUGCGGACCAACAUCCCCGCCUUCGCCAACCUUUCCGUGCCCGACACGCUCGAUCCCCCCUCGCAAAAACAGGUGCAAGCCCUAAAACAAAUGGUUGCCGCGGGCUUCAUCGACCAAGUCGCCAUCCGCGCCGACAAAGCGCCCACGCCUCCCGAAAUGUACCGCAAACCUAAGCGCGCCAUUGACGUUCCCUACCUCCCUCUCAUCCCGUUGGAGGGAGAAGACGGGCACAAGUUAGAACUAGAAGAAAAACUAGUCUACAUCCACCCCUCCUCCCCCUUAGCCCAUUUGAGUGUGGACGAGUGUCCGGACUACAUCGUGUACGCCUACCUGCAAAAGGCAGGCAACACGGGCGCGGACGGGCAGAAGCGGGCCAAGACGAGGAUGCAUGCGCUGACGGACUUGACGGCGGGUAGAUAG